CUAUCGUAUAUCGCCGUUAUUAGCAGUUAAGCAUUAUUCGCUGCACGCAGCCCUCACCGCACAGCUGACGUGAGGUGAGCUCAUCUGCGGCUGUCGGCGACCUACCGCGCGGAUCCCCGCCCCUCUCCCCGCCUCCGCUGCGGGUGUCAGACAGCCAGAGGUUCCCCCAAGUCUGACUCCGGAGUCUGACUUCUUCUCAAGCAUGAGGAUUUGAGCCGGCCGGCUUCGCGACUGGCCAUGGUGGUGUUCAACGGCCAGCUGCGCAUCCGGAUCUGCGAGGCGCUGGACCUGAAGCCCACGGCGUGGUCGCUGCGUCACGCCGGCGGAGCCGCCGCCAAGAGCUCCAAGGGCUUCCUGCUGGACACGUACGCGGCGCUGAACGUAGACGAAUCGCGGGUGGGCCAGACGUGCACGCGGCCGCGCACCAACAGCCCGGCGUGGAACGACGACUUCACGGCAGAGGUGCGCGACGGAAGAGCCAUCGAGCUGGCCGUCUUCCACGACGCGCCCAUCGGUUACGAUGACUUCGUGGCCAACUGCGUCAUCCGCUUCGAGGAUCUCCUGCACGGCGGCCGCAAGCACUUUGAGGAGUGGGUAGAUCUGGAACCUGAAGGGAAAGUUUACGUCAUUAUUGAUCUUUCCGAAACAUCAAGAGAAGCGACGACGGUGAGCAGUGACAAUGAGGAGCGCGUCUUCCGCCAGCGGAUGCGCCCCAGGAAGCGUCAGGGUGCCCUUCGUCGACGGGUCCAUCAAGUCAACGGUCACAAGUUUAUGGCCACCUACCUGAGGCAGCCCACCUACUGCUCGCACUGCAGGGACUUCAUAUGGGGUGUGUUGGGAAAGCAGGGCUACCAGUGUCAAGUCUGCACGUGUGUGGUCCACAAGCGCUGCCAUGAGCUCAUCAUCACCAAGUGUGCGGCCAUGAAGAAGCAAGAGGACAAAGUGGAGGAGACGGUGGCCUCACAAAGGUUCAGCGUCAACCUACCACACAAGUUCCGAAUCCACAACUUCAAAGUUCUCACCUUCUGCGACCACUGCGGUUCGCUGCUGUGGGGGCUGCUCAGGCAAGGCCUGCAGUGCAAAGUGUGUAAGGUGAACGUCCACAGGCGCUGUGAGAGCAACGUGGCACCCAACUGCGGCGUGGACGCGCGCGGCAUCGCUAAAGUUCUCUCCGAUCUUGGGGUCACGCCGGACAAGAUCUCCAACAGCGCGCAGAGGCGGAAAAAGUCUGUGCAUCCGCAGCUUCCUCAGGUCGACGACCCCGAUCGGCUUCCCGAUUUACCUCAGACCGAAGAAGACCGCUCCAGGUCGGCCCCUACGUCUCCGUGUGACCCAGAUGCGAAGGAACUGGAGUACAUCCGGAAAGCAUUGUCCUUCGACCACCGCGGCCAGGAGUCGUCGUCGCUCUCCUCGGAAAUGCGGGAAAACGGCGAGGUCAAAGGUCACACUGCUGCCGAGCGUCAAAAAAUUGACCUGAAAGAUUUUGUUUUCAUCAAAGUUUUGGGGAAAGGAAGUUUUGGAAAGGUGAUGCUGGCGGAGCGCAAGGGCAGCGAUGAUGUUUACGCCGUCAAAGUUCUGAAGAAGGACGUCAUCCUGCAGGACGACGACGUGGACUGUACGCUGACCGAAAAGCGUGUUCUGGCGCUGGCGCGAAAACAUCCCUACUUGACACAGCUGCACUGCUGCUUCCAGACCAAAGACCGCCUCUUUUUUGUGAUGGAGUAUGUGAAUGGAGGCGACCUCAUGUUCCAGAUCCAGCGGUCCAGGAAGUUCGACGAGGCCCGCUCGCGAUUCUACGCCGCUGAAGUCACAUCAGCGCUCAUGUUUCUGCACCAGCACGGCGUCAUAUAUAGGGACUUGAAGCUGGACAACAUCCUACUAGACGCAGACGGACACUGUAAACUAGCUGACUUCGGAAUGUGCAAAGAGGGAAUUCUCAACGGGGGAAGCACCAACACCUUCUGUGGGACGCCGGACUACAUCGCACCAGAGAUCCUUCAGGAACUGGACUACGGCCCGUCGGUUGACUGGUGGGCCCUCGGGGUCCUGAUGUACGAGAUGAUGGCGGGUCAGCCUCCGUUCGAGGCCGACAACGAGGACGACUUGUUCGAGUCCAUCCUGCACGACGACGUCCUUUACCCGGUCUGGCUCAGCAAAGAGGCGGUGCAAAUACUCAAAGAGUUCAUGACCAAAAGUCCUAGCAAGCGUCUGGGUUGCGUGGCGGCCAACGGCCUGGAGGACGCCAUCAAGCUCCACCCUUUUUUCCGAGAAAUCGACUGGACGCUGCUGGAGGGACGGCAGAUCCAACCGCCGUUCAAGCCCCGAAUCAAAACCAAACGGGACGUGAACAACUUUGACCAGGACUUCACACGAGAAGAACCGGUCCUGACGCCGGUGGACGACAGCGUGGUCAAUCAGAUCAACCAGGACGAGUUCAAAGGUUUCUCCUACUUGGAAGAUGACGUGGUGGCGUAGACACUUUCCUGAUCCUUCAACAAAAAUUCACAUCCGUCGCCUUCAUUGGCACGGAGAUAUGAUUGUUUGCUUCCAGAAAUAAUAACACAUUUUGGCUGCUUUCCCCUUGACUUUGCGGCUUGAUCCAAUUGUUUCAUGUGAAGAGCCUAAAUUUGGAAUGAUAUCCUCACAUGCGGGCAAGGAGAGUCACUGAUGCACUUCUUGUGGAAUUUUGACGAAUUUUUUUCAGGUUGAAUUCAGUUUGACUAAAGCUAAAUUGAAAAAAAAAAUCGGUAAAACUUUAGUUGAUUGUGAUGUCAUAAGACAGUCAUAAUUAUGACAUGACAGAUGUCGUUACGUGUCAUUCGGCAAAUGAUCUCACUAACUCCAUUUAUGUCCAGUGCCCAUCUUUUGCAUCCAUUCAAAAGACACUUGAUGACUUCUGUCAUAAGUAUUCAUUAAUGCUCAUGACAGUUUCAUGUCAUAAUCAUACCGGUCUUAUGACGCCACUGUCAAAAGUGUUACCAAAAAAUCAAAACAGAAAUUCCCUUAAAUAAUCAUGCGAAUCCAGCUAAUUACAUUCCAGGCAUUCAAAAAAAUGGAGAAUUAUGUUAAUUUUACAUGGAGAAACCUGCAGAUGAGUGUUGCACUGAUGCCCUUUUUGGUUUCUAAUACCAAUUCCGACACCCAGCGGAUGCCAAAAGUGUACCGAAACCACGUUUUUUUUCUUUUAAUAAUGAUAAUUAUACUUCAUACAAACUUGGUAAAGGCAUUGCUACCAUGGGUUAGUCAGACAUUGCUCAACUCACUGUCUACAACUGACGGCACUUGACGUCCAAUUUAUUUGAAGUGGGAAGGUAUGGCAGCAAACGUUCAUUCGCUGCCACCCUCCCACUUCAAACGGAUUGGACGUAUAUUAUUGAUAAACCCAUUUCAACUCAUGGCAGCUCCAUGAAAAGACCUUUCAUCACUCCAACCAAAAUGACCUCAGGGUGGCCAUGUUGGUAGGGACAACAUUCCAAUCAUAGUCAAUGUAUUGGCAUUUAAAUUUAGCCUAGUUUAUUUCGCAACCAAUUUUUUAAAGAUUAUAUGUCAAAGCAGUAGCUACCUUUAAUGGCGCUAGUGAACGUUCAUUCGCUGCAACCCUCCCACUUCAAAUAGAUUGGAUGUCUACUAGUGAUAAACACAUCAAAAUUCACAGCAGAAGGAUGGUUAGAUGCCACACGAUUGAACUUAUAUUAUCAUCAUAUUGGGAAGGGCGACGAGUGCUCCUUUCCUACGGCGGCAUGGUGGCCAUCUUGGGAAGGGGAUGGAAACUAGAUCUCAAAAAUUACAUAUUUCACAGCAUCAGGAGCUUAUUUUUUAAGUACUCCCCGAUACUGACAUUUGGGUGCCGCACCAGUGCAACACAACUAUAAAUUAAGCGCAACAGUACGAUUUUUUUAUGGCAAACAUAUACAGGGUAAAAGAUUUAUGAAGGAAUUUUGUUUUAAUAUAUGAGGAAACUGAAUUGAUGUUUAAUAUUUACAAUAAGCCUCAUUAAGAUAUAGUAUGUAGGCUGGUCCAUACUCUGUGUUUUGAGCAACAACAACAAAAAAAAACACCCAAAAAAGUAGUUAAAAUGACCACUUAUGCUUAAAUCAGUGAAAUUGACUUACAAAGCAUGAUAGAAAUUGUUUUUCAUAACCAACAUAACAAGUGCUUCGUUUUACAUGCUGGAAAGUUAGCUGAACUUAUCAAUUCCAUGUGAUCUUUUAUUCUUUCACCAGAAAUCGCAGUAAGAAAUUCAGCAAUGAUUUAUUGAACUUCGUUUUUGAUAUAUAUGAAUAUUGUGAGCUGGCAGCGAGUGAACUUGUUUCAGUGCCAUUGACGGCGACAGACGUCCAAUCCAUUUGAACCGGGAGGGCCAGUUCGUUCAAAAGGUUUAGAGUGCGUUUUCGAGGCCAUCCCAAAACCACAUGCACGACAUUUCUUCCACCAUUUGCCUUUACUUGCUCAAAUGCUAACAUGUUACAAUACUAAGAAGUCAGUGCAUUAAUGUUUAAAAAAUCAGCCCCCAAAGCAACUUCAAUGUCGAAAAAUGAAAUUUCAGAGGCUCAUUCAUGAAGAACCAUAAAAAAAAAAAAAAAAUUCAAUAAAUCAUGCUGGAAGAAAUGCAGAAA